UUUGAGGUAAAGACAACUAUGGUUCCUGUUUGCCGGGAAAAUCUGGAAAAAUGAAAUUAAGAGUGUGCUGCUUUGGAACUGAGAGUAGCCUACAAAUGAACUUGUACUAGGAAACAACAGAAUGUUAGCAGAGAGUGUAGAAUUCCUGAACAAUUUCAGGAAACAUGGAGCGUCUGGCGGGAGUCAGAGUGUGUAUGCUUGCAGAACAUUCCUCGGACGUCUUGUUGAAAACUUCCUCACAGAUAUGGACAAAGUCUCAGCAGCAUUAAAGAAAGAUGGAACCAGCAGCGAGUACACAGCACCCCUCCAGUUUUGUGGUAUCUUCCUCAGGGACAGAUCUGAAGUGUUCCUUCCUCCCCCACCCAGCCAGUCACCAAGUACUCCACCCCUGAAUAGAUCUGGUGACAGUCUUCAGGAGGAUGACUUGACUCAAGAGUUUCUUCUGUGGUUCUUUUCAAGAAUAUUGGUUCUUCUUGGACAACAAAAAUGUGCAGCACUGCAUGGACGUACUGUUGACACAAUACAUGAAAUACUUCAAGCUGUCUGUUGUAGAGAUGGAUUUUUCUAUGGUCGUUUCUUAAAGGAACUUGUGCUGUGUAUUACAGACUUGGUUCGUGUUUCUGAAGAGAUGUUUGAGGGCAAGAUAGAUUCUGACCGUCUUUCAAGAUUUCCAGUAAACAUGACAAAGGUUCUCCAGAGUCUGCAGGAGCCAAGCAAGAGAGUAGAAGUGUGUGAAGUUACCCUUUCUGCUGCUAAUUUUACUGUGGAUGAUAUUGACUGCUGUGAGCUGUUACAGUUGAAUAUCACGAAAGUACUAAGCAAGAUAACAUCAGAUCUGAACAAAUUCUGUCUAGAAUCUCAAGUGAAUGCACUGUGGGCUAGUUUAUGUUACCAUGUUGAGGAAGGAGAUGUGGCCUUAAAAACUGAAUCUUUGAAGCUGUUGGGAGGUCUGAUCAAAUACACAAAAGUACCUCAAGAAGUGGAGGAAUAUUUCAUUGGUUGUCUCACAGCCAUGCUGGAACUACUUUCCACCGGUUUACCACUUGUCGAAGAUGUCACCCCAGAAGAAAUACAAGAUUUAGAAAGGGCCGCUGCAUCAGUGUUUAUUGGUUUGGUUAUUAGGAGUAACUGUGAUAUCCUAUCAUCUUACCAGACAACUCUACACACUUUCCUGUGUAAAAUGGCUGCCACAUUUGAAUCUAAUGGUUUAUCAAAACUGCAGACGAGGGAACUGAAGUCUGCAGUGAGUGUUGUACUGUGUGAGAUACAAGAUCAGCUCACACCGCAGUAUCUCUUGAGCUUGGCGUGUAAAUCUUGGAGGAACCAGCUUAUUGCUGCCUUGGUCAGCGAAUUAGGCUUCUCUAAUGACCUACAGUAUCUAGUUGGACCAUUAGUGAAAGCAGUCAUGUGUGACUUGUCUGUAAAAUGUACAGAUGAUGUAGGAGCUAGGGACAAAAUUUCAACCCGUGAUGAUGAUCAUACCCCAAAAACUGGAGGAAAGCUUUCAAGGAAGAGGAAGCUGGAUAAUGGAUCUAGAUCUGUGAUGAAGAUAGAGGGACUAAGCAUUACAUACAGAGUAAUGAAAUCAAAGCUGAAUACAUUCCUGGAGCAAGAUAUACAGGAUGAUAUAUGUAAGAAGAUGGAUGGCAUACAGACUGUCUUGGAGAUUGUUUCAACAUGUAUACAGCUGUAUAGUGAUAAAGUGGAGACUGCGAAAAUCAGGCAGACAGCUGAUUUCUUGAAGUUGACGUCAUGGUUGAGUAUGGAAUGCUGCAAUGAGAUCUGUGGAUAUCUGUUCCGUGUAUUACAGUAUCUUACCGUUUCCGAGAAACCUCCCACAGAAAUAAACAAAGGCUUUGUAUCCAUAGUGAAAACCGUAGGAGCUCUUCUUGUUGUACAAGAGAAUGUAGAGUAUGACCCUGACAUGUACCAGACAUUUGGAUGGAUUGCAUCAUUGCCAUGGUUACUGAAUGAUCCUUCAUGGGUAGAUCUGAAGCCUGUCAAUGCCAGGGAUAUUGUGAAGAUAGCAAGUGCACUUGUACCCAAACUGGAUUGUGCAAGUAAUUGUGAAUGUUUGAAUGUACUUGCUUUGUUACCAAAAGAAGUUGCAGCAAAAUGGAGGGUACAUGUAUUCAGACAGGCUUUGAGUGACAGUGUGGUAGAAGUAAAGCAGACAGCAAUUAGUGUCUUCCCUAUAGUGUUGUAUCAUCUAGGACCAAACGCUAACCAUCUUGUUUAUGAUCUACUUCACCCAUGUGUUAAGGAUAAGUCAGAGAGUAUCCACAGAUCUCUUGCUGCUGUGUCUGGACCUCUAGCCUGUGUUGUCAGCAGGAAGGCUGUUCUAAACAAAUCAAGGGAGAUAAGUAUGAUUGUACCAAUGUAUAAGAACAUGACAGUUGGCUGUAUGUCCUGUGAUUGCUCUACAAUUACUGAUGUGACAGGAACCUCGAAAGAACGGCCAAAAUUGGUGGAUGCCAACAUGUUCCUACCUUUCUUACAGUUAGUGAACAGUGAAAAAUCUGAUAUAAAGCUAGCCCUGGUGACAAGUAUGAGGCGUAUGUUUGGUCAUAUUGGUGUGAGAAAAAACAAUGUAGCAACAAUCAAUGUACUUCAUACAGCUCUCAAGCUUAUAGAGGACUCGGAUUAUGAUAUCAGGACAGCAUUUAGUGAGGUUAUUCAGUACCUUCUGGGGGAUUCUACAGUUGAAGAUUCGGAGGGAACCAAUGAGCUGGUUCUGAGUAAACUACGGGAGACAUUCUCAAGAGCCCAGAAAGACAGCAACGCCAGACUGCAGGAGACUGUACUGCUUACAAUUGCACAGCUAGGAAGGGUAUCAGAAGGAGAGAUGUUGAUGGUGGUGAUCAUAGUGUUGUUGGAGAGUAUGUUGUCACCUAUACCACUGGUAGCAGCUGUAGCACAGGAAGAGUUGAAAGAUAUCGCUGACCACAAGAACACAACAACCCAGAAUCUGUUCAUGAGAUGUCGCCAUGAUGUGUGUAAAUUCCUCGUAGAUGCCAUGCAUAAUGCACAGAUUGGCAAAAUCCAAAAAUCUGCUGAAGAUAUUCUCAUUGAGGUCUCACAAGUCCUGGGGUUUCCUGAUGUUAAAACUUUCUUGUCGGGAACAGAGAAGUAUAUAGUGCCAUUCCUGGUAAGCAAAGGGACGACAGCAGCAUCAAACCUGAUCAAACUGAUAGCUACGCAACUGUCUGUGGCAAGUCGCAGUAAGCUACUGAUCAACAACACAAAGUUUGUGUUCUCUUACCUAGUACGCUUCAAACAGAAGGAGGGAGAUCUCCAGGCAGCCAUUCAGUAUCUGCAGAAAGAGACAAAGUUUGAGCUUGCAAAUUUGUUGAGGAUAGAUUUCCAGAGAGUACAUAAUGAGUUACUGCUGCAUUUGAGCACCAACUAUUCCCAGGUAUUUCAUGGUUUGAAGAUUUUAUCAUCGUAUGAUGGGCAGUAUAAAGAUGGACCAAUUACAUCAACAGAAGAGAUGGCCAACUAUCUACAGCCUAGGUUAUUGGGAGUACUCGCUCAUUUUGACUCGCAGCUCCUGCAGUCCAGUGUACCAAUGGAGGAAAAGAGACCUGCCCUUGAAAGUCUGAUAUCAAUAAUUCGGUUGAUGGGAUCAAAGAACAUCAGCAGUAUUCGACAUAAAGUGAUGAACACACUGAGAAUUGGUCUACAGUUUACAGACAAAGAUUUUAUAGAAACAUCUUGUAGAGCAUGGAACUGUUUUGUCAGGAGCUUGGAAUUGCCAUUCCUUGGCCAGAUGUUAGCACAGAUAGUGGCCACGCUGUUACCUUUACUGAAACAACUACCAAAACAAGUUGCUGAGAUAAUCAACUACAUGAUAGUAAAAAACAGGGAUGAAUUGAAGGGCCAUUUUCAUGAUAUAUACUUCCUGCCGGAUAUGCCGGAGUUAAGUGAAGCUAAUGCUGUUCUGAAGACAUACUCUGAUGGGCCAUCCAGUCAGUCAGACUUCAAGAGUAGAUUGGAGCACUCUAUGCAAGGAAUCCAGCAUGACAGUUUAGAUGUUAGACUCCAUGCUCUAUCCAAGUUGAAAAAACUGCUCAAAGAUGAAAGGCAAGCAUUCUUCCAGUUGGUGAUGGAGAGUGAGACAGCUAACCUGACAGUAUCAUCUCUUAUCUCUGUGUUAUUAAAGGGCUGUAGAGAACCUGAUGGACGUGCACAGAGGUUAUAUGCAGAGUGUUUGGGUAACUGUAGUGCCAUAGACCCCGGAAGGCUGGAACUCUCUAUUAACAAUCCAAAAGCCGAGCUGGCCAAACUUCAUGUUAGUAUUGAGGAUGACAAGUUUGCUGUGGCAUUGAUCAAUGAAGUGGUGAAGUCAUACCUAGCUGCUACAACACCUAGAAUACAGGACUGCUCAGCAUACGCUCUACAAGAACUGCUGUCAACAUAUAAAAUAUCAGAGUCUAGUGAGGACAAACACUCCAAGAAGUUAUGGAAUGAAUUCAAGGAACCAAUCCAAGAAAUUCUGAUACCACUACUUAGUUCAAAAUACAUUCUAGCUACAGAUCAAAACUGGUCCUCUCUCCAGAAACCUAUCUAUUGUUCUAAGAAAGGUAACUCCUUAAAGGACUGGGUCAGCACGUGGACAGGAUAUCUUUCUUCAAAGGUGAAGGCCAAUAGCAAGGCACACAAAGUAUUCAAAUCCUGUAGUGCCAUGUUGAACUUUGACAUCCAUAUUGCAAUCUACAUUCUGCCAUAUGUUGUGUUGCACGUGCUGCAUGAUGGGUCAGAUGAAGAUAUUAAUGAGAUUUUUGUGGAGAUCAGUCAAGUGUUGAACCAGGGUAGUCGUAGUGAUGGCAAACCUAAGAGUUCUAACUUUCACCAUAUGAGUGCCCAGACUGUGUUCUCUAUACUGGACUAUCUCACAAAGUGGAAAUACUUUGUCCUACAGCUCAAGGCAGCAGAGAUGCAGAAGAGAAGAGGUGCUAGUUCAGUGUUAAAUGUGCCAGAGGAAGGAUACAAGAAAGUGAAGGAUUUUCUCGACCGUAUACCACAAGAUAAGAUUGCACAAGUCUCAUUCAGUUGUAAGGCCUAUACACGUGCCCUCAUGCACUUUGAACUUCAUCUAAAUGGAAAAACCAGUCUUUCGAAGGAACAGUUGGAUUUUAUGCAGAGAUUGUAUGUAGAGCUAGAUGAACCAGAUGGAGUUCAGGGUGUGGCUGCAAUCAGACAAGCUCCGCCCACACUGCAGGAGCAGAUUCUUGCCUUCAGUGGCAAGUUAGGUUGUCAGAUAGAGCUACAGACCUGCUAUGAGCAAGCAAUACAGUCAGAACCAGAUGACUUAAGUAACCAUCAGGGACUUCUCCGAUGUUUGAUGGAUCUAGGUCAGCCAUCACAGACUCUGCAUCAUGCCACUGGAGUUAUAGCUAACAGGAAAGCCUGGGCACCACAUUUACUGCCAUACCAGGUAGAAGCUUCCUGGAAACUGGGCAACUGGACUGAUUUGGAAAAUUUUACAAAAGUGGACAAGACAAGCAGAAGUUGGCCCCUAAUGCUAGGAAGAAUACUCCUUGCAGCUAAAGCUAAGAAAGAAGAGGAUUUCCUACAGCAUCUACAGAUAGCCAGACAGGAGCAGGUAGGCCCGCUGUCAGCUGCCAGCUUUGAGAUGGGCUCAUACCAGAGAGGAUAUGAAUAUAUUGUCAGACUUCAUCUGUUGAAUGAGAUAGAAGAAAACAUGCAUAUGUUUAUGAAUCUUGGUGAGGAUGAUGGUGGAAACAUCACCAGACAAGACCUGUUGUCACAGUGGCAGACACGACUUAAAAUGAUGCAGUCAUCAUUUCGUAUCCAAGAACCAGUGUUGACGAUGAGAAGAACAUUGAUGGCCUUGAACCAACAUGAAGGUCAAAGUGACCUUGACCUUGACAGAGAAGUAGGUCACAGCUGGUUGAGUAGUGCUAAAAUUGCUCAAAAGACUGGUAACCUACAGACAGCCUACAGUUUUCUACUGCAAGCCAGUGAGUUUAAUUUGCCAGAAUUCUGUCUACAAAAGGCAAAAUGGCACUGGGAAAAGGGAGAGCAUGAUCAGGCGAUGUCGUUACUAGAGAGAGAAAUGCAACAGCAUUUUGGCAAUGUAUCACAGCUUAAAGCUGACAAUUCUGAAGAAGGAAAUGUAAAAAGGAAAGUGUAUGCUAAGGCACUGUUGUUAUAUGGAAGGUACUGUGAGGAAACAUCAAAGAUUGAGAGCAAUGCUAUCGUAAAACAGUAUAAGGAGGUGGUUGAUGUGGCUCCGGACUGGGAACAUGGAUAUUUCUAUCUUGGCAAAUACUUCGACAAGAUCAUGACAGCUCUUGUUGAUGAUAAAGAUGACAUCUCCAAACAAGGGGAGUUUGUUGUCCAUGUUGUGAAGAAUCUUGGUACUUCUCUGCGCUAUGGUAACCAGUUUAUCUACCAGUCAUUACCACGAUUACUGAGUUUAUGGCUGGACUUCGGAACAUCAGUGGUUGAUCAGGAAAAGAAGGAGAGAUCUAAGACUACACCAGCAUCAACUUCUCAAUCUCUGCAGAAGAACAGAAACAAUUUAGCCAAACUUAAUAAUAUGAUAGGAACGUUCGGAAAGACCCUUGCUCCAUACCAGUUGUUCUUUGCAUUUUCUCAACUGACAUCCCGAAUAUGUCAUGCUCAUCCAGAGGUGUUCCUUCAGCUCAAGUUAAUUAUUGCGAGACUUGUGGUCAGUUACCCCCAGCAAGCACUGUGGUUCCUCAUGGCAGUAUCUAAGUCAUCAUACCAGAUGAGAGCAAAAAGAUGCCAGGAAAUAUUUGCUACUGCUAGAGAGAUGAAUAAAGGUCUUGAAAAAGUGAUUAAGGAUUACCUCAAGUUAACAGAUAGACUGCUGGAGUUGUGUGAGAAAGAUCUACCAGGACCAUCAACUGCUAGUAUUGACAAAAACUUCAGACCUCUCAAACGUUUGCUUGAAGAUGAGAGUUUUACACCAGUUCUGCUGCCCCUGCAGUCCUCUAUGACAGUAGCAUUACCUAACAAGGUUGACAAGUCCUCAAACCAUAAUCCAUUCCCAGGCAAUCAAGUUUACAUACAGGGAUUUGAUGAUACGAUUGAAAUACUUCCCUCCUUGCAGAAGCCAAAAAAGAUCACAAUGAAAGGCAGUGAUGGUAAUCUCUAUGUAAUGAUGUGUAAACCUAAGGAUGAUUUGAGGAAGGAUUGUAGACUAAUGGAGUUCAAUGGAAUAGUAAACAAAUUCCUGAGGAAAGAUCCCGAGUCUAGAAAAAGAUAUCUUUAUAUCAGAACCUAUACUGUUAUACCGCUGAAUGAGGAGUGUGGCUUAAUAGAGUGGGUCAACAAUACUAGUGGUUUAAGGCAUGUUCUCAUCAAACUUUACAAGGAGAAAGGACUCUAUACCAGUGGUACAGAACUCAAGGCAAUGAUGCCCACUGUACAAGCUCCAAGAGAAGUGAAAUUAAACAUCUACAAGAACAAACUGUUACCGAAACAUCCACCUGUAUUUGGGGAAUGGUUUCUACGGACAUUUCCAGAUCCCACAUCGUGGUACAAUGCAAGACUUGCGUACUGUAAGACAGUGGCUGUGAUGUCAAUGGUGGGAUAUAUCCUAGGUUUAGGUGACAGACAUGGGGAGAAUAUUCUGUUUGACUCCACAUCUGGUGAUUGCAUACAUGUGGAUCUUAACUGUCUCUUUAACAGGGGAGAGUCCUUUGAAUGGCCAGAAAAAGUUCCCUUCAGGUUGACACACAAUCUGGUACAUGCAAUGGGACCUUUGAAACUUGAAGGAAUAUUUCGGCGUGCUUGUGAAGUGACACUGAGAGUAAUGAGGAAAGAAUCUGAACCAUUGAUGAGUGUGUUGAAGCCAUUUGUAUAUGAUCCUCUGGUAGAAUGGAGCAAACCCUCACGAGGACACAGACACAAUCCUACAGAAUCGGGUGAAAUUACAAAUGAACAGGGGCGUGUUCAUGUACAGAAUAUUGAGCAGAGGCUGCAAGGAAUUCUAAACAAAGGGACCAAACGUAGUGGCCUGGCUCUGUCUGUCGAAGGACACGUGAAUCAUUUGAUUCGUGAAGCAACAGAUGAGAACAAUCUGUGUCAGAUGUACAUUGGAUGGGCUGCCUAUAUGUAGUGUCAAUUUGCAUACAUUUGCCCAUCACUGACAUUGUUUUAGUUAUGAUGAUGAUAAUUUGCAACAUCAUUUUAUUGGAUCUUUCUUUGUUAAUCAAGACAUUGUAGAAGCAUAUUGAUAUGUACCAAGCCAAGAUUUUGUCAGCAUACUGAAUUUGCUUAGCUGAAGAUGCAUUGUGUAGGUCUUGUAAACUCAUGUUGUUAGUUGGAAACCUACUGUUUGGUCCACCUUUUCUGUCCUUGAUUUCUCUUCGUAUAUAAAACAAUACAGUUAAUAUUAUAGUCAUUAUAAAACAAACUCCAGCGGUGGUGUAAGGAACUUCCCUUAAAUUUCAAAAUAUCUUGGCUAUUUAUUGGUUUUAAAUUUAUUGUCAAUAAAAAUUUUGAGAGGGUUUUUUUGCCAUUUCACCCAUUUUGGACCAUAAAGUUUCAACUAUGUUUGAUGGACAGCUGUUAAAUGUUCAGGAUAUCUUAAAUUAGAAAAAAAAAAAUAGAAAUAAUGUGUAAAAAAAAGUUUGAAGAUUUUUAUUUUCAUUGGCAGAAAGUAAAUACAUUUUUAGCUCCACUAUUCGGAGAAUAGCGGGGCUAUACUACUCGCCCCGGCGUCGGCGUGACCCUUCUUGGUUAAAGUUUUUUGGCAACCUUUGUUUUUCUGUCAUAUCUUUGUUACUAUAAUUGCUUUUAUCUUACUGUAACUUCACAUAAACAUUGUUCAGUAUACAAACAAAGUAUGUAUAGGGGCUGAGCCCAUUAUACCCAAGGUCAAGGUCACCAAGGUGUUAUACUUGGGUUAUUUUUAAGGUUAAAGUUUUUUGGCAACCUUUGUUUUUCUGUCAUAUCUUUGUUACUAUUGCUUAUAUCUUACUGUUACUUCACAUAAACAUUGUCCAGUAUACAAACAAAGUAUGUGUAGGGGCUGAGCCCAUUAUACCCAAGUUCAAGGUCACCAAGCUGUUAUACUAAGGUUAUUUUUAAGGUUAAAGUUUUUCGGCAACCUUUGUUUUUCUGUCAUAUCUUUGUUACUAUUGCUUAUAUCUUACUGUAACUUUACAUAAACAUUGUCCAGCAUACAAACAAAGUAUGUGUAGGGACUGGGGCCAUUAUACCCAAGGUCAGGGUCACCAAGGUCUUAUACUUGGGUUAUUUUUAAGGUUAAAGUUUUUCGGCAACCUUUGUUUUGCUGUCAUAUCUUUGUUACUUUUAUCAUACUGUAAGUUCACAUAAACAUUGUCCAGCAUACAAGCAAAGUAUGUGCAGGGGCUGGGCCCAUUAUACCCAAGGUCAAGGUCACAAAGAAGUUAUACUUUGAAUUAUUUUCAUGUUAAAUUUUUUCGAGAGCUUCAUUUAUAGACAUAUCUUUGGUACUUUAAAAGAUAAUGAGUUGAAAUUUAAAGUAUUUGUUUAUAAUCAUCUGUAUGUGUGGCUACAUACCCCAUAACUAAUUGUGUUUUUGACAGAAUUAUGCCCCUUUUGUACUUAAACUUUUUUGCAAUCUUCGUUUUCUGGAUAUAACUUUAAUGCAAUAUAUGAUAAAGACUAGAAACUUAAAGUGUACCUUUAUCAUUAUCAUCUGCAUGUGUGGUAACAAUCCCCAUAACUCUGAUUUGUAUUUUUGACCGAAUUAUGCACCUUUUAUACUUAAAUUUUUUACAAACUUCGUUUUCUGGACAUAACUUUGGUACUAUAUAAGAUAAUGACUUGAAACUCAAAAUAUAUCUUUAUCAUCAUCAUCUGCAUGUGUUGUAACAAUCUUAAUAACUCAAAUUUGUGUAUUUGAUGGAAUUAUGCCCCUUGGUGUAUCUUCUUUUUGAAGUAGAGGUCUCUUAUUCAGACAUAUAUUCAUUUUACUGUCAAAUCCUUGAAUAGUGGAGCGCACUGUCUUGCGGACAGCUCUUGUUGGCUAUAGCAUUGACAUUAUUAAAGACAUCCUUAAAAUCGAAAAACUUCCUACAACCACACAUGGAAACCUUUAGUAUGAUUUAAAACUUAAUCUGGAUCUUGCAAUUACUCCGGUAAAACUUUUCAAGAAAAACCUAUUAAGGAGUUGAUAGAUCAAACAGUAGUUCAUUUUCUGUUUUAUCCAGUUCAUUUGAAAGGAUUUCAUGGGAGCCAAAUCUUUGGCUAGUACACUUUCUGUAUGUACAGUUGGUAACAUUCAUAUAAGAUGGCUGAAUAUAUUAAGACAGUUUUUGGGCACUAUAUAAUGUUUAUAUGUUGGACAUUAGAGCAUUGAAUUUUUUCUGCAGGAGUCGCCAAUAUGGGUAACUGGUGGAAACUAUAGAUAAGCUAUGCACACGCUUUGAUAUAUAACCAUCACAACUACGCUUGGUUUCAGCUUGGUAUAACUGCUAAAAAUUUGAAAGUAAUAUGUUCUUUUAAAAUGAGUUUGAGAAAUACGUUACUUUUUACCAUGAAAGCUCUGUUCUAAGUUAUGUACUCUGUUGUUUAUACCUUGUUAAUAUAUUUGGGACAAUAAAAAGGGAAUUAAA